UCUCUCAAACACCUCCCCAAAAUGAACGGUGGGGAUUUACAGUUACCUCCCGGAUUCCGGUUCCAUCCAACGGACGAGGAGCUAGUGAUUCACUACUUAUGCCGUAAGUGUGCCUCGUUGCCGAUCUCGGUGCCGAUCAUCACCGAACUCGAUCUCUAUAAAUUCAACCCCUGGGAUCUCCCUGGGAUGGCGAUGUAUGGAGAGAAAGAGUGGUACUUCUUCUCGCCACGGGAUCGUAAAUACCCGAAUGGGUCGAGACCGAACCGGGCGGCCGGGUUGGGUUAUUGGAAGGCGACCGGGGCGGAUAAACCGAUCGGUUCACCUAAACCGGUUGGGAUUAAAAAGGCUUUGGUUUUUUAUACUGGCAAAGCUCCGAAAGGGGACAAAACCAAUUGGAUCAUGCAUGAGUACCGGCUCGCCAAUGUGGAUCGAACCCCUCGCCGGAAGAACAGCUUACGGUUGGACGACUGGGUGCUGUGUAGGAUAUAUAACAAGAGAGGAGGAGGAGCUGGGGAGAAGCAGGCCGGGCCGAAACAGGGCCGAGAAGUUGUUGAACAGAAGCCCGUGAUUGGACCGAACACGAUCGGGCCGCACGUGCGGCGACCGAACCCGAACCCGAUGUCGGAGUUGAUGUGCUUGGAUCCGUCGGAAUCGCUUCCGAGAUUGCACGCGGACUCGAGUUGCUCCGAGCACGUGAUAUCGUCUAACGAGUUCACGUGCGAUCGAGAAGUCCAGAGUCAGCCGAGGUGGCGGGAAGACUGGGAGAAAGCCCUUGAGAUACCACUUAAUUACAUGGAUGCCACUCUUAACGGGUUCCCUCACUUGGAACCCGUUUUCAAGGAUCCGCUCCAAGAUAUCUUCAUGCACUUACAAAAGCCGUUUUAGAUAACGGGUCGGGUUUUACGACUCGGGUUACCUCCGGCGAGCUGCUUGGCGGGUUUCGGAUUCGGAUUCGGAUUCGGUGGCAAUGAGACCGGAUUUAGUUCGAGUUUCCAUUUUCUAGAGGAUUAAUUGCUUAUUUUCAUAAAUAAGCAUUUAUAUAUAUAUAUAUAUAUA